AGAGACGUACGCAACAGUCACACUGUUGCACUCUAAACCACCGGUGGACCAAGUGCAGGUGGACUGCAAAGAUCUUCAUCAUUAAAAGCUUAAAAAUCUAAAAAUAAAAAAAUCAAUAAAUGUGCGAGUGGUUGCCAACUCCGUGAUUAAUUAUUCCAUAAAUACUCGGUUGGUCAGUAUUCUGAUCACCUUCACUCGGCUAGCAGGAUUGAUAGUGACAAGAUGGCGAUCAAUAAUAAUGUGAGUACAACAGCACUGGGAACUCCGAUUCAACAGUUCUACGCUGGCCAGAAUGUUUUCAUCACAGGUGGAACCGGAUUCCUCGGGAAGAUCCUGAUCGAAAAGUUGCUCAGAUCGUGCCCAAAUAUCUCAUCGAUUUAUUUACUGAUGAGGUCUAAGAAAGGCCAAAAUGUCAUGCAGCGAAUGGACAGUUUGUUCGAGGAUCCUAUCUUUCAACGUUUGAAAACCGAGGUGCCAAAAUUUCGGCACAAAGUUGCAGCAGUAACUGGCGACUGUGCCCUACCAGGCCUGGGAUUAUCUACUUCCGACCGAGAUUUACUUAUUUGUGAAAUUACAGUUGUUUUCAACGUCGCAGCGACUGUUCGAUUCGACGAGAAAAUGAAGGACGCCGUCACCAUAAACAUCAGAGGACCAAAGGAGAUGCUCAGCCUGUGCCGAAGCAUGCCGAACCUCAGAGCAGUCAUACACGUCUCCACUGCCUACAGCAACUGUGUCAGAGACGACAUUGCGGAGAAGUUUUAUUCUCCAACGAUCUCUGCAGACUCUAUCAUAAAACUGGUGAACAGUGUUGAUGAAAGUAAACUCGACGAAAUGACACCAAAGUUGUUGGGAAAUUAUCCUAACAGUUAUGCAUUCACCAAACAAAUUGCGGAACAAGUGGUGCAGCAGUAUGGAAAGGACUUGCCUGUUGGAAUGUUUCGUCCGGCAAUUGUGGUUUCGUCUUACAAAGAACCCGUCGAAGGCUGGAUAGACAAUGUCUACGGUCCCACUGGAGCCCUAGUAGGCGUGGGGGCUGGCCUGAUAAGAACCCUUCACAUCGACAGAAACUGCACAGCCGAAUUAGUUCCAGUUGAUUAUACCGUCAACGCUCUAAUAGCAACUGCCUGGGAUGUUGCAAACAAUAAGAACGAAGCUGCCGAUCCCCCGAUCUACAAUUACCAUUCGUCGUGGAACAACAGAGUGACUUGGGGAGAUUACAACGAUGUCGCCUUGAAACAUGGGAAGAAAAUGCCAAGUGUCAGGAGUAUUUGGUGCUACACCCUCACAAUAGCCAGCAAUCCACUUAUGUAUUACAUAUACAGUGUGUUACUUCACAUUUUGCCAGCGCUACUCGUGGACUUUGGGCUUUUUAUCAUCGGCCAAAAGCCCAGAGCAAUCAAAAUAUACAAAAAAAUCCACAAAUUCUCAGCAGUGACCACCUACUUCAGCACCCGAAUGUGGAAAUUUUCAAAUGAUAAUACAAGAGGGUUGUGGGAGAAUUUAACUCCCGAAGAUAAAAAAUUAUUUCACUUCUCGAUGUUGGAUUUCGACUGGAAUGAUUUCCUCCACAAGUGUGUUGUGGGGCUGAGGUUCUACACGUUCAAAGACGAUCCCAGUACAAUUCCAGUCGCGAGGAAACGCAUGGCAAGAUUCCUAAUCCUGCACAAAGCGAUAAAGUACGGAUUCUUCGGACUCGUCUGUUGGCUGCUGUAUGGCAUCCUAGCGCUCGUCUUCGGCUGGAGCUCGACGAGUUCAUUCUCAACAAUAUCGGAAAGCAUCACGAUACGAUAAAUCCAAAUAAUUAAUAUUACACUUCAUCAUUUGCUCAUCAGAAUGUAAUAAAGAAUACUCAUCACAUCACAUAUGGCUGCAGAUUACUCGUAUCGAGUGAGGUCCAUAAAAAAUAUAUCAUCCAUCUUUUCCCAAAUAUAUUUCCACUCGCAUGAACAAAGUGUCUAGUAAGAUAUGGGAUAUGGAUUUUAAAGUUGAGAGUAGGGUAAAAACUCCAAUGAAUUUAUGUGUCAUUAAAUGUUAAAUGAAUUUAAGCUCUUGAAUAAAAUAAUAUAAUCAACUGAUA